ACGGAUGAAUGGAUUUAGAGGUUCUCCAAGACGUGAUCUGUAUUGAAUCCACAAAUGCUUGAACCAUGUGUGAAAAAUAUAUAUAAUGUAUUCAUUGAGACAAUGUGCUUAGCCUUCUGAAAAUUUACUGGCCUAGGAAACAAAAAUUGUUUAAUGUUGGAUCAGUGAUGAUGAAAAAUCAUCACUAAGAUGAGUCAAGGCCAAUAUUCUCAAGGUCGAGGUCAAAGUCAAGGUCGUGGACAGAGCCAGGGAAGAGGACGUGGGCAGUACCGGCCUUGGAGAGGAAGAGGAUGGGGAAGAGGAAGAUACUACAAUCACUAUGGCAACAGAGGUGGAAGAGGAUCGUUUCAAGGAAGAGGCGGGGGUGGUGGAGGGGGUACAGGGCUUAUGGCUGACCCCACCCCCUCCAGACCUUCACUGGUCCAGACCAAGAUACAAAUACAGUCUCCAUACAAAGGAUGGCAGUUAUACUUUCCUGAUGAAAUGUACAGUGAUCAGUCACCUAUUGUCCACAACGUCCAGAUGUUUGAGAAAUACUUCACCAGUUGGUGUACAGCAUAUAAAUGGACAGACAUAGAGGAAAAAAGUUUCAUGGUGGUUGAUUUCAAGGAGUUACUUUCAGAUGAUGGUAUACAGAGGGGUAUUCCUAGCAUUCACUCAGACUUAAGAGAUUCCCCAGAACAAUUGAUAGCUUGUAUGGGGCUUGCUGUUCACCAGAUAAUCACUCACCAGAAACAAACCUCCUCUGAACCCGGAGAAAUGGAACAGAACAAUUACAGCCUUCCCAUGAUUCAUGUGCGACUUAUCAAUGCAUGUCAGCCAAUAGCUCUGAAGAAUCUCAAGGCUAACUACUAUGGUAAAUUUGUGUCUGUAAAGGGAACGGUGGUCAGAGUGAGCAACAUCAAACCAUUGUGUACACACCUAGCUUUUGAGUGUGGCACCUGUGCUUACGUUCAGACUGUUACUCUUCCUGAUGGGAAAUAUAUCCUACCUACCAAGUGUCCAGCACAGGGAUGUAGAGGAAAAAGUUUUAUCCCCCGCCGUAGCUCCGAGCUUACACAGACAAUUGACUGGCAGACAAUCAGAAUCCAGGAAAUCAUGGGGGAGGGGAUGAAGGAGUCGGGGAGGAUCCCCCGCACCAUGGACUGUGAACUCGCUCAGGAUCUGGUGGACAGCUGUGUUCCUGGGGAUGUUGUGACUGUGUCUGGCGUGGUCAAGGUCAACAGUACUGAUGAAGGUAGAGGAAGAAACAAGGAUAAAUGCAUGUUUCUACUGUACAUACAAGCCAACUCUGUCAACAAUGCAAAAGGCAACACAAAGGGGGAUAACUGUGGAUUAGCCUUAGAUUUCUCCAUGAAGGAGCUGUAUGCUAUUGAAGAAAUUCAAAGUGAAGAAAAUCUCUUCCGACUUCUUGUUGCGUCCAUGUGUCCCUCAAUUUACGGACAUGAGUUGGUUAAGGCUGGUUUGAUCCUUGGUUUAUUUGGUGGCAGUCAGAAGUUCCUAAAUGACAAGAAUCGUAUUCCUGUCAGAGGAGACCCACAUAUCCUUGUAGUGGGGGAUCCAGGAUUAGGGAAAAGUCAGAUGUUGCAGUCUGUGGCUAACAUAUCCCCUCGCAGUGUUUAUGUUUGUGGUAAUACAACCACAACCUCUGGGUUAACUGUCACCUUGUCCAAGGACGGGGGCUCUGGAGACCAUGCCCUGGAGGCCGGAGCGCUGGUGUUAGCUGACCAGGGCUGCUGCUGUAUUGAUGAGUUUGAUAAGAUGGGCAACCAGCAUCAGGCUCUACUGGAAGCCAUGGAACAGCAAAGUAUAAGUAUUGCGAAAGCAGGGAUUGUUUGCAGUUUGCCAGCUAGAACCUCCAUUAUAGCAGCAGCAAAUCCAGUGGGAGGACAUUACUCCAAAAGUAAAACGGUCUCAGAAAAUCUCAAAAUGGGAAGUGCUCUCCUGUCCAGAUUCGAUCUUGUUUUCAUUCUUCUCGACAAACCAGAUGAGGAAAUUGACAGUAUGUUGUCUGAUCAUGUGAUGGCUCUGCAUGCUGGGAAAAAUAAGUCAAUGGCAGCUGUUACAGUGAAAAGGCAAAAUCCUAACACCAGUGCUAACAGUUCUAUCCUAUUGUGUGAGGCAGACAAACCUCUGUCUGAGCGACUUAAGAUUUCCCCAGGAGAGCAUGUGGACUAUAUCCCAGCCCAGCUGCUGAGAAAGUAUGUUGGAUAUGCAAGAAAAUAUGUGCAUCCCAAAAUUGGACCUGAUGCUGCAAAAGUCCUACAGGACUUUUACAUCACCCUACGUAAGCAGCACCAGGGUAUGGAUAGCACUCCAAUCACCACACGACAGCUGGAGUCCCUGAUCCGACUGACGGAGUCCCGAGCCAGACUGGAACUCCGCGAGGUUGCCACCAAGGAAGAUGCCGAGGAUGUGAUAGAGAUCAUGAAGUACAGUAUGAUUGACACAUACUCAGACCAGUUUGGUAGCCUUGAUUUCCUGAGAUCCCAACAUGGGUCAGGGAUGAGUGGACGCUCUAAGCCCAAGAAGUUUGUGGGAGCUUUACAGAAGGUGUCGGAGAGGACCUACAACUCAAUCUUCACCAUUCAACAAAUGAGACAGAUUGCACAGGAAAUUGGUUUACAAGUAGGAGAUUUUGAAGGUUUUGUCUCUUCCUUGAACAAUCAGGGAUUUCUUCUGAAGAAAGGUCCCAAAGUGUAUCAGUUACAGACUACGGACUACUAAGUGCAUUGAACUGACUAGCUAAUACAUAGUGUGAUUACUUGAUGAUGUAGACCACAAAAAUGUCUUGUCAUUUGAACAAUUGUAUAUUGUACAUGGUACGUGUAAUUCAGAAUAUUGUCUCUGUAAAUCAAAAUACAGUAUUUCUGUAAACUACUUCAAUAAAAUAAUUACUAUGUGACCCAUAAUGGUACAUGGUACAAUAACAGUGCUUUUGAUUACAAUUCACAAGUACUAGUGUUUAUACAUGGAUCUGUUACUCAUCUGUUAUAAAUGAUGCAUUUGUUUGUGCAUAUGUCUGUGAUAUUCAUUAAAAUGUUAAAAAAUGAAUAAAACAACAUAUUCUGUUUUUAUUGUA